AGCCUAGACCCAGUCGCAGCCAUUUUACUCCGCGAAAUAAACUUCAAUCUCACAGCUACAGGAAACAAAACAACACACACGCGACCAUUCCCCCGGGAUAAUGGAUAUCUCAUUGUGAACAGAACACAAUCCGGUUUCAAGUCUUCUCAAAUAGGUUUGACUCCAUGGCUUAGCUCGACUCCUGACAGAAACUCACCGGACGUCUCUUCCUCACGGUCCUCUGCCACUACAGGUAGCAGCGAGACACAGCCAAAGGGACGGUGACCCCCCACCGAGGCGACAUGGAGCUCCAGGCGUCUCAGCUGGCAGUCGAGGGGGACUUUGAGAUGUCCUGCCUGCUGCUGCCGAGCCCUCAGAGCGAGGCGGUGACCCACGAGAUGGAGGAGCUGUCGCUGCAGCCGCUGCCUCCGCUCAACGAACGCAAGAAUGUGCUGCAGUUGAGGCUUCAGCAGAGGCGGACCCGCGAGCAGCUGGUGGAUCAGGGCAUCAUGCCAUCUCUGAAGAGCCCAGCUGCUUUCCAUGGGCAGAUUCGCAGCUUGGAGAGAGCCAGGACGGAGAAUUUCCUCAAGCACAAGAUCCGCAGCCGUCCGGAGAGAGCAGAGCUGAUCAGGAUGCACAUCCUGCAAGAGACCGGAGCAGAACCAUCACUACAGGCCACCCAGAUGAGGCUGAAAAGAGCCCGGCUUGCCGACAACUUAAACGAAAUGAUCUCCCAGAGACCCGGCCCCAUGGAGCUGGUGGAGAAAAACAUCCUGCCCGUGGAUUCCAGCGUUAAACAGGCAAUAAUCGUAGGCCAGGUGAAUUACCCCAAAGUGUUGGAGGAGGACAGCAGUGAGGCUCUGUCCCCGGAGCAGCCGGCCAGCCAGGAGUCCCAGGCCUCAGUCCCGUCUCCUGCAGAGAGCCGAGUGCCAGAGACCCCCCCUCCAGCCCCAGCAGCACCUCCUCUUCCUCCAGCCCCAGCAGCACCUCCUCUUCCUCCAGCCCCAGCAGCACCUCCUCUUCCUCCAGCUCCUCCACCCAUGCCCAACACCAUGCUGCAGUCCUUCCCUAAUACAACAAAAGCAACCACAGACUUUAUGAAGCUGGUCUCUGCCAUAGAGACUCGUCCUGCUGUCACUCAGCCGCCCGCUCCUCACAAACCAGCACCCACCCUGGUGAAGCAAAGCCAGCAGAAGUCUCCCUCGGAGAAGAGUCGCAGUAAGAAGAACAAAGACCCCAAGUCCAGGGUGAAGAAGCUGAAGUACCACCAGUACGUUCCUCCGGACCAGAAGCUGGAGGCCAGCGAGGAUCUCAUGGACUCUUCCUACGCCCGACUGCUGCAGCAACAGCAGCUCUUCCUCCAGCUGCAGAUCAUCAGCCAGCAGCAGCAGCACUACAACUACCAGACCAUCCUGCCCGCGCCACUCAAGCCUGUGGCAGAGGGUCAGAGCUCCAUCAUGUUGUCUCUAGCUCCUCCAUCUUCCUCCGACGCACCGUCUGCUCUCCGUCCAAACAACUCGCUCUCCAACCGCAAGCCGGGAGUCCUGCCUGCCAACCUGGAGGAGAUGAAGGUGGCUGAGUUGAAACUGGAGCUGAAGCUGCGCGGCCUCCCUGUGUCGGGAACCAAAACUGAUCUGAUCGAGCGGCUGAAGCCUUUCCAGGAGAACCACAACACCUCCGCUCCGAGCAACAACUCUAUCUCCACCACCAACAUGCAGAUGGAGGUCAAAACCAGUGUCCUUUCUCCACAUGAGAACAUGAACCCAACAUCGCCACUCUCACCAAUCCCCUCCGAGCGCUCCACCCAGGACGGAGGAAAACCUGAGACUCCGUCAUUUGAAACGCACAUGGUGACCUCCAACUGGACCCCCACCUUCCAGUCUUUCCAAAUCCCCCAGGAGAAGGACAGGCGGCUGCACGAGAAGGAGCAGCAGAUCGUGGAGCUGAUGAAGAAGCUGGAGCAGGAGCAGAAGCUGGUGGAGGAGCUGAAGAUGCAGCUGGAGGUGGAGAAGAGAGGCUGCUCAGCUGACUCUCCCACCGUCACCUCUCUACCUGCCGUGAAUCUCCUGAACUCUAACGUGGUCAAAAUGGAAGGAGCACUGCUAUCAAACUGUGCAUCCACCACUGCUACCAUCCCUAAUCAGAUCCUGGGCUCCACCUCUCUCUCUCCUCGGCCCACCGUGGUGAAGUUGGAGGAUCUGACUGUUUCCUCUGGGAAGCCGAUCCAGAUUCAGACCCAGACGCAGCUCAUCUCUCAGAUCCAGCCUCAGAUCACCAGCAGGAGUCCCAAACUGCAGACCCAGCAGUUCUUCAUCAGCCACCAGGGCAGGGUGGUGCCUCAGACGCUGCUGACCUCCACCGGACAGGCGGGGACUCAGAUCCUCCUCCCAGUGUCGCUGCCUAGCAACGCAACUGCCAUCCAGCUGCCUAGCAACACCGUCAGCCUGCAGCCUGUUCUGCAGACCACAGCCCAGAAUCCAGGCCUGGUGCACGCCUCGGGUCCUCAGCUGCAAACCACUAAGAUGGAUGCGUCACCGAGGCAACAGUUAACCAACAACAACAACUCCCUGCUGCAGACUCUGACGAUGUGCAACAACUCUUCUGGUUUGGAGAACCAGGCGAGGCCGGAUCUGAGUCCCCAGAGUUUCCUGAGAAGCUCGCCCGACAACAGAGUCUCUCCACGGGCUUCCCCCAACAGCCACACCUCCAACGGACCCCUCAGCAAGUCUCCUUCCCCCCAGCCGACCUUCAUCCUUCAGCACAACUCUCUGGUUACUCAGCCUCCCAAAACAAAAGAGCCCCCCCGCUACGAGGACGCCAUCAAACAGAGCCGCAACAUUCAUUUCAACAACAUCUCACAGGUUCCCACAGCAACCAGCCAGCAAAUGGAUGACCUGUUUGACAUCCUGAUAGAGAGCGGCGAGAUCACCCCCUUCACGCAGCAGGACCCUCAGGUGUCUCUCUCUAAAACCCUCCCGGUCACCGCCAACAUCUUCACGCUCCCCGUCAGCACGGCCGUCUGCAGACCCCCCCCCCCAGGUGCAGGUGGCCCCCCCCGCCUGUCCAGAGCCCCCCCCCCCCUCUGCCCCAGCCUCUCCUCUCUGGCCACAGACCACCAGCUGGAGGCCUUCCUGGAGAAAACUCUGGCUGAGACGUCACCGGCGUCUGACCCGAGGACCAGAGGCCUGAUGGAGGAGCUGCAGGCCCAGCUGAUGGAGCAGCAGGCCUUCUCCCCCAUGGACACUUCAGACCUCUCCUUCUGUGACUCCUCCUCCCCCUCCUCGCUCCACUUGGCCCUCUCUGAUGCGGGCCUGGACAACAUGGAGUGGCUGGACCUCACCCACAUAACUCCUGGGUCUGCCGGGGCGCUCACUCCUCUGGGGAUCCCCUCGGACUUCCUGGACCCUCAAGACCUGCAGCUGCACUGGGAGUAACGGGGGAGAAAAGGGAGGGGGCAACAGCUGAGCCGGGAGAUAAAAGCUGGAUGGACGAAAAGAGGCGGUAAAAGAUUGAGAUUCCAGGUUUUAGACAAGAAGGGACAACAUGGCGUUCCCGUGCCAUUCCACUUUCACCACUACAUCCAUAAUACUACUACUAAUAAGACUUCCUGGACCCUCAAGACCUGCAGCUGCACUGGGAGUGACGGGGGUGAGGAAGACAAGGGUGAGGAAGACAGGGGAGAGGAAGACAGGGAGGUAACAGCUGAGCCAGGAGAUAAAAGCUGGAUGGACGAAAAGAGGCGUAAAAAGGUUGAGAUUCCAGAUUUUAGACAAGAAGGGACAACAUGGCGUUCCCGUGCCAUUCCACUUUCACCACUACAUCCAUUCAUACACGUGUAAUAUUCCCACUAUCCUGCAGUAUGAGCUGCUGAACAGGCACUGGGAGUAACGGGGGAGAGGAAGACAGAGGUAACACCUGAGCCAGGAGAUAAAGCUGGAUGGACGAAGAGAGGAAGAUAUGUUCAGCAGCUCAUACUGCAGGAAGAAUAGCCAAAUGCAAAUGCUAGUGCUAGUGCUAAUGGGGAUCCUAAUAAAGAACAAGAACAAACAGCCGGUAACAGGUUGAGAUUCCAGAUUUUCGACGAGAAGGGACAACAUGGCGUUCUCGUGACAUUCCACUUUCACCACUACAUCCAUAAUAUUCCCACUAUCCUGCAGGAUGAGCUGCUGGACAGGCACUGGUUGAAAACUAGCAGCAGUUUGCACAAAAAGGGUCUAAAUUACGACAUCACUGAAGUAACCAUAAGACUUUUAGUGUCUGAUGAGACGAGGAGGCGGAGCCAAAUGAUCACUGGUAGCAUGGACUGUAAAUACUCUUUAAACCACACUAAUACAACUUAAAGGAUAUUAUCGUUUUGCUCUACUGGAGGUUUGGCUGGUUGGCUUUCAGUGUGACACUUCAGUUGACUGGAGGUGAGAGUGGUGUUUCCACUGAAGCUAGGUUAUAAAGCCUGUGAUUACAACCCAGUAAAAGUGUUGCUCUACGCGACGUCUGGCAGAUUAAACCUUUAUACAAAUAUUGGAAGGAGCUCAUAUAGGCCUGCCACGAUAACUACUUCUGUUGGAUGAUUUUACUCUCCAGGAAAUAAUUGAAGUAAACAAUAUUUCUGUUAUUUUAAGACCAUGUUAUGCCAUAAGGUGUAAUGACGACAGGGUUUCCCCACACAUAGACUUUACUUGAGCGGGCCGCCCGGGUAUAUUAACGUCCGCCAAAGUAUAUUUCGCGACCCAUUUAGGUUUAAUCUUUUUGUAUCCAUCCGCGAGCACGACGCCAUCUGCGAUCGAUUAACUACCCCUGCUGUACCUGUUCGCUCUGCUAUCGCGUGAAGGGUCUGCUUUAUGCGCUAACUCCGCUGCGAGGCUCCGGCGAACAGUUCACCCCCCCCCCCCUUUCUCGGCUACCACCGCAAGUAUAUUUCAGAUUUGUGGGAAACACUGGACGAUAUAAUAAUAAUAAUAAUAAUAAUAAUGAAACAAAAAUGAUUAAGGCCAUGUCAAUAUAUUGUACUACAGGUCAACAACAUACAAAUAAUCCAAAGUCACGUGCAUAUUUCUUAUGAUGUAUGGAUAACGUCAAAAUCAUGCUCAUCAGUUAAAAUGAUAACUUGGAAAAUAAUCUAAAUAAUGUCUACAUUUGUGACCUGCUCUAUCGAAAAAUCAGUCGCUUUGACCCGAAGACACAUUUUGAAUUGUAUACACUGUUGGAAAGAAGAGAUUCCUAGCUUUCUAAUGAUAUCAGGAUUGUUUUAAUACUCCAAAUAUUAAGCGAAAUAUGUCACAUUAUAUAACGACUGUCACCGAGUCAUCAUUUUGAGAAAAAGGCCUUCAAAGUUUCC